AACUCUCUUGUUUGUGUGAUUAUUAAGAAAAAUCGAGAUUUGAGGUAUGUUAAGAAACAUGUUGUCAAAUGUCAAACGUGGAAUGUUUAUAGUGGUCAGGUGCGCUUAGCUACACCUAGAUAUAAUUCUCAGGCAUGCUAAUUCAAUCAUAAAUACAAUCUCGGUUAAAGUGUGGGAUAAAAAUACAUGUCUGGCAUUAAAAUACAUUUAUGAAAUAAACUGAUGUUCAUUCUGCAAAGUUAUUAAGCAUUCAUGGGAGAUGUUUCACAUCAAAGAAGAUCAAAAGAUUUCUUGAAAGAUAAAGGCAGAAAAUUUCAGCUUAUUGGUUGCCCAUUACCAUUGCCUGUAAAUUUAUCAUACGUUUUUCUGCAAUUCCAUAGGGUUCCCAUUAAUUAUCUACUUGUGAAUCUGGCUGUAGCAGACAUCCUUUUUGCAGCGUUUAUUGCACCAUCCGUUAUUCUGAGACUUACAUUCAAUCACCCAGGAGGGAUGACUGGUACAGUGUUAUGCAAAUUACUAACGGGUGGUAAUGUGGCAUGGGUCGGAGGUAUCGCCUCAGUCGUUACCCUGGUUACAAUCGCUAUUGAACGAUACUAUGCCGUAAUGUACCCUCUUGGAAACAAAUGGAAACUUACCAAGCGAAAACUGAAGGUGAUCAUUCCUGUUACCUGGAUCUUCUCCAUGACAUUUUAUUUGCCGUUCUUCCUGGUGGCAGAAUUUGAUUCCAAGGUAGGCUUCUGCGCAUGGAAAUGGCCAGACAAGUGGAUGCGUAAAGCUUACAGUGUGCUAUGGCUGGUGUUUGUUGUUCUCCCUUUAGUACUGAUGGUCAGGCUUUACUCCAGAGUUGUGUAUACUUUGUGGUUCAAGCGUUCCGAUGACAAUCAACUCACUUUCCGACAAAGAGGUGUCAUCAGGCUGCGGAAGCGAGUCACUCUGAUGGUUGUAACUGUCAGUGCCAUAUUUGGUGUGUGUUGGGGUGCAGAUUCCACUGUGUACAUCUUAAGAACCUUUGCACCUUACAACAUCGGUCCCAUGGCUGUAGCCGUCACACAGAUUAUGGUCUUGUUAAAUUCUGCCGCCAACCCUUUUGUAUAUGCCCUGUUGAACCAACGAUUCAGAGAGAAGAUCAAAGCAGUUGUAUGCUGCACUGAUCCCUUGGAGUCUAGGCUUCAAGCUAGGAGAGGGACUCAAAGCAUAGAGCUUCCUGUCAUGUACAAAACCACCCACCCGACCCUGUGUUGCAGGGAGUAGUACAUUCCUUGUAGUG